AUGAAUGCAAUAGCUGCUGGUGCACCCGUACCCGCUACAGCAUCAGCAGCAGCAGCAGCAGCAGCACAAGUAUGUGAGCGUGGGUAUUGCAGUUCAAGCCGCUUGCUGCAGCUUCCUAAGACGCUGCUGCUGCUGGUGUUUAAAUAUUUUUUUGUUGAUGAGGUCCCCUUAAUUGCUGCUGCUUCUCCUCUGCUCUGGCGCAUGCUGCAGCAGGGAGAUUUGCUGCUGCAGGGCAGCAGCGCUCGCCUUCACUCGGGGAGAAGAUGGGUCGAAGACGACUUCAGCAGCAGCAGCAGCAGCAGCAGCAGCAGCAGCAGCAGCAGCAGCACUAGGUGCAGCAACAGCAGCAGCAACACCAGCUGCAGCAACAGUAACUGCAGCAGCAGCAGCAGCAGCAACGACAACUGCAACACCACCACCACCAACACCAACAACAACAACAGCAGCAGCAGCAGCAACAGCAGCAACAGCAGCAGCAACAGCAGCAACAGCAGCAGCAGAAGCAGCAGCAGCAGGCUGUCUGUGGUGCCGCGGUUGCUGCUGAUAUAUCCAGGGCGUCUGUCUUCGCUGUCUGUUAGCAGCAAAGUUUUAGGGGUAUUUCCUCCGCUGCAGUUGCUGCUGCUGCUGCGGCAGCAGAGCAGCAGCUUGAAGAAGCUUCGCAUUACUUCUCAAGACUUCUGCUCUCAGGGCUUCAUCUGUAACGUGCAAGGGACACAGCAGCAGCAGCAGCAGCAGCAGCAGCAGCAGGAAGAGGAAGAAGAGAGGCUGCGUGCUGCUGCUGCUAUCCUUGCUGGGGCUUGCUUCAGCAAAUUAGAAGCGUUAAUACUGCGGGGCUGUCAGUCCUUUAUUUGGCUGCGUCUUUUACGUUUAUGUUUAUUUCCUAGCUGCAUAAAUUUUAAGUUUGCUGCUGCAUGCAUACAGCAGCACACACUUGCACCCUCUUGGGGGCCCCUCCCUUGGGCUUCAGACCUCUUCUCUUUAAUCAGCAGCAUGCAGCAGCUGCAGCAUAUUCACAUUGAUGCUGCUAUUGCACCUACACGCUGCUUCUGGAUUGCCUUUCUUACUUAUAAACACCAGCAGCAAAUGCAGCUGCAGCAGCAAAUCAAGCAGCACCAAAUAACGCAGCAAAUCCAGCAGCAGCAGCACCAAGUGCAGCAACAAAUGCAGCAAACUCUGCAUGUCUGUGGAAGUGUCUUCUUAAACCUCUUAGGGGCCCUAAGGCAGUUUCAAUUAGAGGGGCCCCCCAUCAUGCGGAUCGGGGGCCCCCAAGGGGGCCCCCCUGAGGGCCCCUGGACUCAUAUUGGGGGCCCCCCUGGGGGCCCCCCUGGGGGACCCAGGGGCAUUCCUGGGGGCCUCCCUGGGGGCCCCUGGAGUUCUAUUGGGGGCCCUUCUGGGGGCCCCUGGAGUCCUAUAGGGGGCCCCUUUGGGGGCCCUUCUGGGGGCCCUUCUGGGGGCCCAUCUGGGGGCCCUUCUGGGGGCCCCUGGGGUUCUAUAGGGGGGCCCUUUGGGGGCCCCUCUGGGGGCCCCUGGGGUACUGUAGGGGGGGCCUUUGGGGGCCCCUCUGGGGGCCCCCUUGGGGCUAAUUGGGGAAUAGAGAAGAUAUAUUUGAUUGGGGGGCAGCAGGCGCUGAAUGUUUUGGCUCUGCGCCGUUCUUUAGAGUGGUUGGAGUGUCUAGGCAGCUCGAAGAGGGAUUGCGGUGUAUAUUGUGAUUAUUUAGAAGUAGAUAUAGCUGCAGAUAAGAAGUUUAGCAGCGUGCAGAUGCAGAUGCUGCAGUAUGCAAAAGACCUUACUCUUGUACUAUGCAGCAGCAGCAGCAGCAGCAGCAGCAGCAGCAGCAACAGCAACAACAGCAGCAGCAGCAGCGGAAGCGGAAGCGGAAGCAGGAGAGGAGGCGGAGAGGCUGCAGAGGAGCUGCAGCAGCUGUGCAACUCGCCGCAGCAGCAACCAGAACCAGAACCGGCAGCAGCAGCAGCAGCAGCAGCAGUAGCAGCGGUGGCAGCAGCACCACAAACAGACCAGCGCUCGCCGACGCGGCUGCUGCUGCGCUCCAGGCGUCAGCAGCAGCAGCAGCAGCGACAGCAGCAGCAGCGACAUCAGCAGCAGCAGCGACAGCGACAGCAGCAGCAGCAGAACCAGCUGCAGAAGCAGCAGGAGCAGGAGGAGGACUUUGAUGCUGUUGUGGAGGCCAUAGCAGCAACAGCAGCAGCAGCAGCAGACGUGUUUGCUGCUGCUCUCUCUGCUGCUUGCAUUUCUCUUGACUUGCGGCAUCUCACAGUCUCUGUACAACAAGAAAAGCAUAUUGAUUUGCUGCGGCUUCAACAGCAGCAGCAGCAACAGCAGCAACAAUACCUGCAGCAGAAGCAGGCGCAGCAGUGCUGGGGGCCCAAUGCUCUUCUCAAUGUCCAGCAGCAGCAGCAGCAGCAGCAGCAGCAGCAGGAGCAGCAGGAGCAGGAGCAGCAGCAGCUACGAGGAGAACAGCAACACGGCCGUUUGCAAGAACAACAACGAGCACAGCAGCAGCAGCAACAGCAACAGCAGCAGCAGCAACAGCAGCAGCAGCAGCAACAGCAGCUUGCUGCUGCAGCAGGAACAGCUUCUACUCCUGGCCCCAUCCCCAGCAUUUUGUUGGCGGGUCUCCCUGCUGCAGCGCGGAUUUGCAUUUUAAAUGAAAAGAGACAAAAAACAAGAAGAGAAGUAAACACAAAAAGAAAAAAAAUAAAGAGAGACUGUCUCUUCUGCCGCUGCGGGGAGGGGCAGACGCCUGCAGCAGCAGCAGCAGCCGCAGCCGCAGCAACUGCAACAACUGCAGCAGCAACUGCAGCAACAGCAGAAGCAUCAAGAACACGACCAGCAGCGGGAACAACAACAUCAGCAGGUGGAGCAGCAGCAGCAGCAGCAACAACAGCAACUGCAGCAGCAGCAGCAGCAGCGAGAGUAGCAGCAUCACCAACUGCUGACGAGCAUGCCAGCAGCAGCAGCUGCAUCAAGGCUUUAUCGUUGCCUCCCAGCAGCACCCACAGCAGCAGCAACAACAACAACAGCAACGGCAGCAGCAAGACCUGCAGCAGCAGCAGCAGCAGCAACACAAUCACCAACAUCAGCAGCAGCAAGAGCGAGAACAGCACAAGGAGUAGCAGCAAAGGCAUCAACACCAGCUUCAGCAGCAGCACCCUCAGCAACAGUACCCUCAGCAGCAGCACCCUCAGCAGCAGCAGCAGCAGCAGCAGCAGCAGCAGCAGCAGAAUGGGGUUGUGCGUGUGCAGCUUGCUGCAGAUGUGUGUGCUGCCGCUGCUGCAUCGCUUAGAUGCAUUUGCGCUGGGGCAUUCAUUUAGCUGCUUUGGUUUGCGGAGCUCAGAAGCAGCAGCUUUGUUGCAAGGAGAUUUGCUGCUGCUGCAGCAGGUGUGCAGCAGCAAGCUGCUGCGCAUGCGGUGUGUGGGGUUGCACUUGCAUGCAGCUCCGCAGACACCGCAGCAACGCCGCAGCUUCUCUGGAUUUGUUAAAGCUGUUAUAUCUCUUCCUAUUUAUCUUAAACCUAAAUUAAAGCUGCUAAGAGUCUCUUUGAAGGGGCAAUCAGAAGGUAGCUGCUGCAUAGGAGAGAAGAUUUGCAUGCAGCAGCGCGUGCUGCUGCUGCUGCAGCAACUGCUGCAGCAGUAUCCCCUGCUGCAGCAAGUCGAAGUCAUCGCCCCUACCUUCUUGAGAGACCCAGGAGAAGAUGCAGCAGCAGCAGCAGCAGCAGAACCCCGCCUCCUGCAGCAGCUGCAGCAGCUGCUGCAGCAGCACCACUUUGUUCGCGGUGCAUGCAGCAGCAGCUGCGCCUUCAGACAUGUCUUCUCCUUCUUUAAAGUGCAGCAAAAGAGACAGCAGCAGCAGCAGCAGAGUUGA